AGUCGGACAUGUCGGAGGAACGUGAGAAGAUUCGGACAUGUCGGAGGAACGUGAGAAGUGUCGGACAUGUCGGAGGAACGUGAGAAGAGUCGGACAUGUCGGAGGAACGUGAGAAGUGUCGGACAUGUCGGAGGAACGUGAGAAGAGUCGGCCAUGUCGGAGGAACGUGAGAAGAGUCGGCCAUGUCGGAGGAACGUGAGAAGAGUCGGCCAUGUCGGAGGAACGUGAGAAGAGUCGGACAUGUCGGAGGAACGUGAGAAGGGUCGGACAUGUCGGAGGAACGUGAGAAGAGUCGGACAUGUCGGAGGAACGUGAGAAGUGUCGGACAUGUCGGAGGAACGUGAGAAGAGUCGGACAUGUCGGAGGAACGUGAGAAGUGUCGGACAUGUCGGAGGAACGUGAGAAGAGUCGGCCAUGUCGGAGGAACGUGAGAAGAGUCGGCCAUGUCGGAGGAACGUGAGAAGAGUCGGCCAUGUCGGAGGAACGUGAGAAGAGUCGGCCAUGUCUGAGGAACGUGAGAAGAGUCGGACAUGUCGGAGGAACGUGAGAAGAGUCCGACAUGUCGGAGGAACGUGAGAAGAGUCCGACAUGUCGGAGGAACGUGAGAAGAGUCAGACAUGUCGGAGGAACGUGAGAAGAGUCAGACAUGUCGGAGGAACGUGAGAAGAGUCAGACAUGUCGGAGGAACGUGAGAAGAGUCAGACAUGUCGGAGGAACGUGAGAAGAGUCAGACAUGUCGGAGGAACGUGAGAAGAGUCAGACAGGUUGGAGGAACGUGAGAAGAGUCAGACAUGUUGGAGGAACGUGAGAAGAGUCAGACAUGUUGGAGGAACGUGAGAAGAGUCAGACAGGUUGGAGGAACGUGAGAAGAGUCAGACAUGUUGGAGGAACGUGAGAAGAGUCAGACAUGUUGGAGGAACGUGAGAAGAGUCAGACAUGUUGGAGGAACGUGAGAAGAGUCAGACAUGUUGGAGGAACGUGAGAAGAGUCAGACAUGUUGGAGGAAUGUGAGAAGAGUCAGACAUGUAGGAGGAACGUGAGAAAACUCUUGGCACAGUGCCCUGAAAAUGAGAAUGAGAUGAGAAAACAUCAUCAUGUUCCUUUGUGGAGUGGUGGGGGCGGCGGCGCUUCCUUUUCAGGUGAUUGUUGUGCCGUCAUCCUCUUAGACGGCCGUGAAGAUCAAGAUGGCCAUGCUCAGAUUAGGAGAGCGUGCACCGAGGAGAUGGAGGCGCGUGACAACGCCGAGGAGCGUGACCCGACUUUUUGCGUGUCUUGAGCUUCAAAGCUUUCACGCCACGCAAUGCUGGUGGUAACCAUGACAACCAGGCCUGAUUCAGUAUUCUACCACAGUCAUUUAGGCCAAAUCAGUAAGCCUGCUAUGAUCUGCUGUGAUCAAAUGUACUCUCGUGCAGCACUUCUACACACACACACACACCCCUGACAUCUUCGAGUGACAUAAGGCUUUUAUCAGGAUGCUGACCUGGCGACUAUGUUGGAAGAAGACUGGUCCAGGUGAAGAGUAAAUGUACAGUGAGUGAUACACACAGUGAUGAGCUUCAAUCAGCGUGUUACAUUAUUUCCUGAGUGUCCUCCUAAGAAGAACUUAGAAGAGUGGACCCUCAUGGCUGCACCGUCUGAUUGUUUUGGAGACUUCCUCCAUCUCCUCUUCUUCCAUGCAGCGCUCACGCAAGAUCUUCAAUAGCCUGUCACCACCUGCCGAGGAUAUGGUGAAGCACCUGAAACCGGACGCUCCUCCAGCCGUGUAUCUACAGACACUUGACUCAGCGUACGGCACGGUCCAGGAUGGUGAUGAGCUAUACGCCAAGUUUAUGGACACAUUCCAGGAUGCUGGAGAGAAACCGUCUAAAUAUCUGCAACGUCUACAGGUGGCGCUGAACCAGGCUGUGAAACAAGGCGGUGUAUUGAACAAAGACUUUGAAAGACAUCUUCUGACUCAAUUCUGCCGUGGCUGUUGGGACAACUCCCUAAUAACAGAACUACAACUGAAACCAAGGAAAAAGAACCCCCCAACGUUUGCUGAAUUUUUGCUCUUGCUGCGAACUGAAGAGGAUCGUGAAGCAGCCAAAACCAUCCGCAUGCAGCAACAUCUCGGCUCUUCACGCUCCAGGGCUGCAAACCAUGCGCAGUACGCCUACACAAACAGUGCAGAGAGGGGAGAUAUUGCUGCUCUCACCGUCACGCAGCAACUCGCUAAACAGCUGGCCGACGUCCAGAAGCAGCUCGCAACACUCACUGCUGCCCAGUCAAGAUCCUGUCAGUCUGCUGCUUUCAAGCCCACGCCUGGUGGUAUGUCGGGUAAGGGCCAGGGGGCGGGCAAGCAACCAAAGAACCUGUCUUCUGUUCCCAAGCCUGGCUACUGCUAUGGGUGUGGUGAAGAUGGUCACAUAAAGACAUACUGUGAUAACCCCCCGAACCCAGCAUUUGUUACUGCCAAGAAGAGACAGUUUGCAGAAAAGCAACAAAGCUGGCAAAGAUCUAACUUCUCUUCGAGACCAUCUUUAAACUAAAGUCAGUUCCAGUUGUGGGGCAAACCGGAACUGUUGUGGACCCACAAUGUCCCAAUCUGAAGAAGAAACAUGUCAAAUGUCAAGAAAUGACCCAAAGCACUACAGCUGUUCCAUCCCAGUUACCUAAAGGCUUGGUCGGAUCCCGUUGUAUAGCUAACAUCAAAAUCGCUGGCGAAGAAUUCAACUGCUUGUUGGACACUGGAUCGCAAGUAACUACGAUCCCAGUCUCGUUCUACAACCAGCAUUUUGCGGACCAGCCGGUGAAACCCCUGCGUGACUUACUGCAAGUUGAAGGAGCUGCGGGACAGGUCGUUCCGUAUCUCGGAUAUGUGGAGAUGGUGGUCACCUUUCCAAGAGAGUUCCUGGGAGCUGAUUUUGACGUCUCAACGCUAGCACUGGUUGUUCCUGACGACAAAGCUCAUCAGUCCCAGGUGUUAAUCGGCAUGAAUACACUGGAGCCAUUAUACAACCAUCAUUUGGGGAGUGACUUCUCCAACUUUCAGCCGACGGCAAAUGGCUACAGAGCAGUGCUGCAACUACUGCAAAUACGCCACCAGCAACAACAAAAAGGCUGCGACGGAGUUGUGAGGUUAGCCAGCAAGUCGCCGGUCCUCAUCCCUGCUGGGCGCACCACCGUCGUCGAUGGCUCAAUCCCCACCAACAUGCUGUCUCCUGGUCAGUGGGCGCUUGUGGAGCAUUCCGCCUCACCAUUGCCAGGUGGGCUGUGUGUCAAAAAUUAUUUGAUUAUGCUCCCAAGCCACUCCCACAAGAAGAUUCCGGUCAUCCUGAGUAAUGAGUCGGACCAGGAUGUGACCAUCCCACCUCUCUCCACCAUCGCAGAACUUGCCGUGUCACCGCAGAUCUUGUCGCACAGCAUGUCAACAAGCUGUUCACCAUCUGAAAGUCCUCGCAUCAAUCUAAAGCUGAAUUUUGGAGAGUCACCUAUUCCACCGGAGUGAAAGGCAAGAAUCACGGAGAAAGUCCAUCAGAUCCCGGACGUCUUCGCACUCAGUGAACUGGACUUUGGACGCACGAACAAGGUGAAACAUCACAUAAAACUGGAUGACGUAACUCCGUUCAAACACAGAGCCAGACCCAUUCACCCUCAUGACAUCGAGGCCGUCCGACAACAUCUCAGAGACCUGCUGGAGGCUGGUGUCAUUCGUGAAUCAGAGUCGCCAUUUUCAUCACCAAUUGUCGUGGUCCAUAAGAAGAACGGGGACAUACGCUUGUGCAUCGACUACAGGAAGCUGAAUCUUCAAACGGUUAAAGACGCCUACCCCUUGCCAAAUCUGGAGGAGUCUCUUUCCGCUUUGACCGGUUCCAAAUGGUUCAGCGUUCUCGAUUUGAAAUCUGGAUAUUACCAGAUCGAGAUGAACGAAGAAGACAAAGCUAAGCCACUUUUUGUGACGCCCAUCGGAUUUUGGGCAUUCAACAGAAUGCCUCAAGGGAUAACAAACGCUCCAUCCACAUUCCAGCGAUUAAUGGAGAAAAGCAUGGGGGAUCUCCAUUUAAAGGAAGUUCUGUUUUUUCUCGACAAUCUCAUCGUGUUUUCAGAUUCGCUGGAAGAACAUGAGCAGAGGCUGCUGCGGGUAUUGCAUCGUCUAAAAGGAAAUGGUCUGAAGCUCUCUCCAGAGAAAUGUACAUUUUUCCAGAAGUCUGUCAGGUACUUGGGACAUAUAGUUUCGGAGAAGGGAGUCGAAACCGAUCCGGACAAAAUCCUUGCUUUAAAAACCUGGCCAAUUCCAAGAACUUUGAAGGAGCUCAAGUCGUUCCUGGGAUUUGCUGGAUAUUACCGGAGGUUCAUAAAGGGGUACGCCGUCAUCGCCAAACCUCUCAAUGAUUUGACGCGGGGCUAUACACCUACCUCCAAGUCCCAGAAGAGAUCGAGUCCAGCAAAGUUUCAAGACAGGAAACAGCCCUUCUGAGAGCGAUGGACGCCUACCUGCCAGCAAGCUUUCGAAACCCUCAUUGAGAAGUUGACCAGUUCCCCAGUCCUUGGCUUCGCCGACCCAAAACGACCAUAGAUAUUGCAUACUGACGCCAGCACCACAGGGCUUGGAGCGGCUCUUUACCAAGACCAAGAAGGCCAGCUGAGAGUAAUCGCUUACGCCAGCCGGGGCCUGUCAGCGAGCGAAUCGAGGUAUCCUGCACACAAGUUAGAAUUCCUUGCGCUGAAGUGGAGUGUGUGCGAGAAGUUUCAUGACUACUUGUACGGGGCCCACUUUGUGGUAGUGACUGACAACAACCCACUCACUUACCUGUUAACAUCGGCAAAGUUGGAUGCCGCCAGUCAUAGAUGGCUUGCUGCCCUGUCCACCUACACUUUCCAGCUGCAGUAUCGAGCCGGGAAGCAGAACCUCGAUGCCGACGCUCUGUCACGCCGCCCUCACAACCAACCUGCUGACCUGUCAGUGCAGAAGGACUGGGACCUGAUGAACAAAUUCAAGGAAGAACAUGUUGACCCGAGUGAAGUGGAAGAACUCGACCCAGACAUCGUAUCUGCCAUCUGCCACCGCUGUCUUGUCACCAGUCAGCCCAGCAGUUCCGCAGGAAGUCAGAUCACCCUGGUCGAGUCUCUGAGUCUGUCAGCCAAAGCAGUCCCUGACUGCUACGGCAGUGAAGACCAUCAUGGCCUACCAGUUGUUCCCGCCCUGUCACAUGUGGACCUCAAGGAAAAGCAACAGGCUGACCCAGUUAUCAGAGAGGUCAUUCACCAGAUGGACACUGGGGAAAAGGUAUCCCCAACUGCAUGGAGCGAACUCCCGGACCUUGCGCUGUUGCUAAGGGAGCUGAGUCGUCUUGAGAUACAAGAGGACAUCUUGUACCGGAGGUCGUUGGUAGAAAACUAAGGAUGGAAUUAAGUACACAGUUUGUUGUGAAUAUUGAAUGUUUCUGUCAACUUGUGGAAUAUGUGAAUGUCUAUUUGAAUUUACAUGUUAAUGUUUGUUUGUUAUUUUUCCUAUUAUUCUUUAAUAUAAUUUGGUACCAUUUAAACUUGAAACCUGUGUUCAGUCUUUAUUACUCUCCAUUCCUAGAG